GCUGUGACACCUGCCCCGGCUGCGCUGCCUAGGGUGGCACCGGCCCAGGUAAAUCCCAAGGAGAAGUCAGCACUAGCAGCCUUUGCAGUGGGAGGGGGUCUGUACAGAGUGGAAGUCUGGGAUCCGGGCAGAGAGCAAGAUGGCGACGGGCGCAGACGUGCGGGAUAUUCUGGAGCUGGGGGGUCUGGAGUCAGAGAACACGGGAACCAUCAAUAAGAAGGACAUCAUCAAUUCUGAUAAGAAAAAAUCCAAGAAAUCAUCUGAGACGCUGACAUUUAAGAGGCCGGAGGGGAUGCACCGAGAGGUUUAUGCACUUCUCUACUCCGAUAAAAAGGAUGCGCCUCCACUGCUGCCCAGUGACACGACGCAGGGCUACCGCACAGUCAAGGCAAAGCUGGGUUCCAAGAAAGUACGGCCCUGGAAGUGGAUGCCCUUCACCAACCCCGCGAGGAAAGACGGGGCGAUGUUCUACCACUGGAGGAGGGCUGCAGAGGAGGGAAAGGAUUACCCCUUCGCCAGGUUCAACAAAACGGUGCAGGUGCCUGUGUACUCGGAGCAGGAGUAUCAGCUGUACCUGCAUGACGACGCCUGGACCAAGGCAGAGACGGAUCACCUCUUCGACCUCUCCCGCAGGUUCGACCUGCGCUUCGUGGUGAUCCAUGACCGCUACGACCACCAGCAGUUCAAGAAAAGGUCAGUGGAGGACCUGAAGGAACGGUACUACCACAUCUGCGCCAAGCUGGCCAACGUCCGCGCUGCUCCGGGCACCGACCUGAAAAUCCCCGUCUUUGACGCCGGCCACGAGAGACGUAGGAAGGAGCAGCUGGAGAGGCUGUACAACAGGACUCCAGAGCAGGUGGCGGAAGAGGAAUAUCUGAUCCAGGAGCUGCGGAAAAUUGAAGCCAGGAAGAAAGAGCGAGAGAAGAGAACCCAAGACCUGCAGAAACUCAUUACCGCUGCCGACACCACCACCGAGCAGAGGCGAGCGGAACGCAAGGCUCCCAAGAAGAAGCUGCCGCAGAAGAAAGAGACAGAGAAGCCUGCUGUUCCUGAGACUGCUGGCAUCAAGUUUCCCGACUUCAAAUCUGCAGGUGUCACGCUGCGGAGCCAGAGGAUGAAACUGCCAAGCUCGGUAGGACAGAAGAAGAUUAAAGCCCUGGAGCAGAUGCUGAUGGAACUCGGAGUAGAUCUCAGCCCCAUGCCGACGGAGGAGAUCGUGCAGAUGUUCAACGAGCUGCGGAGCGACCUGGUGCUGCUCUACGAGCUCAAGCAGGCCUUCGCCAACUGCGAGUACGAGCUGCAGAUGCUGCGGCACCGGCACGAGGCGCUGGCCAAGGCGGGCAGCCUGGGCCCCGUCAGCAUGGAGGGGGCCCGCGCAGACGGGCAGGCCGGGCUCAGCGCGGAGGAGGGCAAGGGAGAUGCCAAGGACCAGAUCAUUGAUGUGGUUGGAGCUCCGCUGACCCCGAACUCAAGAAAGCGCCGGGAGUCGGCCUCCAGCUCCUCCUCCAUCAAGAAGGUGAAGAAGCCGUGAGCCCGUCGGGUCAGCACCAGGCCG